AGGGUGGGGCGGGGUGGCGCGGCCCUACGUCCCCCCCCGCGCUGCGCGGCGGUGGUCGCGCCCGGCAGCGCUGGGGCGGGCGGGGCGCGCGGCGGCGGGCGCGCAGCGAUGGCGGCGGCCGAGGUGGCGCGGCAGGGUGAAGGCUGUCGCACCGUCCCACUUUCUGGACAUGUGGGAUUUGACAGUUUGCCUGACCAGCUGGUUAAUAAGUCAGUUAAUCAUGGGUUUUGUUUCAACAUCCUGUGUGUGGGGGAAACUGGCCUUGGUAAGUCCACUCUCAUGGACACACUUUUCAACACUAAGUUUGAAGGUGAUCCAGCAUCUCACUCACAGCCUGGGGUCCAGCUGAAAUCCAAUACCUAUGACCUACAGGAGAGCAAUGUCAACCUCAAACUGACUAUUGUGAGCACAGUAGGCUUUGGGGAUCAGAUCAACAAAGAGGACAGCUAUAAACCCAUCGUUGAAUUCAUUGAUGCUCAGUUUGAAGCCUAUUUGCAAGAAGAACUGAAGAUAAAAAGGGUGUUGCACAACUACCAUGACACCCGGAUCCAUGCUUGCUUGUACUUCAUUGCUCCAACAGGCCACUCACUGAAGUCCCUGGACUUGGUAACAAUGAAGAAGCUUGACAGCAAGGUGAACAUCAUUCCCAUCAUUGCCAAAUCUGAUGCCAUUUCCAAGAGUGAGCUGACCAAAUUUAAAAUUAAAAUAACAAGUGAACUGGUCAGUAAUGGGGUUCAAAUCUACCAGUUUCCAACAGAUGAUGAGUCAGUGGCGGAGAUAAAUGGGACAAUGAAUGCCCAUUUGCCGUUUGCAGUGAUCGGGAGCACGGAGGAGCUGAAAAUAGGAAACAAAAUGAUGAAAGCUCGUCAGUACCCUUGGGGCACAGUGCAGGUGGAGAAUGAAGCUCACUGUGACUUUGUGAAGCUGCGGGAGAUGCUCAUCCGCGUGAACAUGGAAGACCUUCGUGAACAGACCCACACACGCCACUAUGAGCUAUACCGGCGAUGUAAACUGGAAGAGAUGGGUUUUAAGGACACCGAUCCAGACAGCAAACCCUUCAGCUUACAAGAAACUUAUGAAGCCAAAAGAAAUGAGUUUCUGGGGGAACUGCAGAAAAAGGAAGAGGCAAUGAGGCAAAUGUUUGUCCAGAGGGUCAAGGAGAAAGAAGCGGAGCUGAAGGAGGCUGAAAAAGAGCUGCAUGAAAAGUUUGAUCGCCUGAAAAAGUUGCAUCAGGAUGAAAAAAAGAAGCUAGAGGAUAAAAAAAAGUCUCUGGAUGAUGAAGUAAAUGCAUUUAAACAAAGGAAGACAGCAGCUGAAUUGCUUCAGUCUCAGGCUCAGCAGGCUGGAGGAUCGCAAACUCUUAAAAGAGAUAAGGAGAGAAAAAAUAACCCAUGGCUCUGUACUGAGUAAUUACCCCUGAAUACAAUGGGCUGGAAUGGACCUUCAUUUACUUGUUAAAUCGCAGGGUCUAAUAAAACCUGACAGCAUUUCAGCUGUGACCUUUCCAUGGUGUUACCCUUGCUCUCUCUUAUAUCCUCAUUGUGAUUCUGUCUUUAUUAUGUACUGGUCAUUAUUGCUUUUAUUAAACAAUGUAAAUUUGUCCUAAUGAGGUUUUGGAUGCUGCAGCUUUAAAUCCUUCAGUGUGUUUUUUUCCCCUACAAUUAAUGGACUCCCCUUUCUCCUGGUCCCUCUCCACCCAGAUAAAGAAGGGACGUGAAAAUAAGUCCUGUGAGUUAUUUUUGCUGGCAAAAUAACAACGCAGUUUAAAUGUAUUUAUUGGUGAUGUGAAAAUGACACCACCACCUUAGUUUAAUUAUUGGGUAGCUGAGAGAUAAAAACAUCUUUUCUCUUUAUUCUUGGUGUCAUUUUCAUGACAUCAUCUGUCUUUUUUAAUUUGCUUUUAUUUUUUCUUUUGCUAAUUCAUGCUACCUGAUUGCCAUUUCAGACUUGUUUGUUGUGACCCUGAUCCUUCAGUCCCUCCGUGCGUGCGGGCUAAUGUAUGUGGGUGAAUCCCUGACCCUGCUGAAAGAUCAGGAUGCAUGCUGCCAAAUAAUUUCAACAAAACCCCUUCAAACCCUGGGUAUUUGGAAGCUCAGAGCUAGCUGUGAUAGGUAGUGCUGCUUUUAGUGCAAGCUGCUGCUGACAGUUGUACUUGGAAAGGUAUUCAGGAUGGUGCGAGCGCCUCACGAGCCGCUUCUGUGUCAGCCUGGCUAGCUGCUCGCCUGGUGCAGUAGCCCAGAUCAGAUCACAGUCUGCCUUCUGUUUCCAGCAGUCAAAGCAGUUAAAACUCUGGAUUGCAAAGUAUUUUGUCAGGUAUUCUCUUUGACCAUAAAUAUAAUUUUAUUUCCCCUAAGUGUCUUUGACCAUUUUGUAGGAUUUUUUUAAGCAAGUUAAAAUAAUUUGAGUGCUUCUCCCUCUGCUGUCGAAUGUCAGCCUGCUCCCCAAACCAGUCCGUGUCAGUCUGUCAAUGAUUUCUAGAUUAUCUGCUAAAGGAGUCAUUUAAUGUGGCUUUUUUUUACCACACUUGCGGGUCACUGUCUCUCCUCCCUGCCAAUUUGCCUAAUUAGGAUGUUAUUUCCAGUUACGAAAAGUCUUUUGAAAGACUUUAAGGAUAAAAGGUUUUUACUUGUGUGAUUUCCUUGAAGUACAUGAGGUACCACAAGGAGAUUCCGUCUCCCUCUGUCGGCUGUUUUCAUGUUGCAUCUCUUUUUUCCUGCCUUCUGAGUGUCUUUCUCUUUUUUGCUAAUCUUCUGUUUUUUUCUCUUUUUUCCCUUUUCCCUUUCUGUAGCUUUUUUUAAUCUGUCUUCGCCAGCUGCACUGGGUCUGAGGGAGAAGACUGCCACUUCUAGAAGAGUUUAAGGGUCCUGUGUCUGGGGAGGGGGGAACAAAUGUUCGGUGUUAGUGUCUUGGGAAGAAGCUCGUUUAUUGACUUGCAUGGUCUCUAAAAUUGAAGUGUCCUGUAAUGUGUGUGACAAGACAGGAUAAUAGGAGGGAACUGGUUGUUUACCUGGAAUUUUGAUGAGUAACAGAAACGUGACUAAUGAUGUAGCGAAUCCGUUUUCAAACAUUGUUACGGGCAUAUUUUUUCCUAAUUCUGUCUUUAAUAUAAAUGUCACUGGCUUCCCCGAGGGGUGAAGCCUGAGGAGUAUUUUCACUAUGCUGUUGUUUGGGUUUGGAAACUGUACAUUCAGAGUCAAGGGAAAUUGAAAUGCGGUGCACUUUGCUCUGGCGGCAGCCACGAAGUAUUUAAUUUUAAUGAAUAAAGCAAGGAGAACUCUG